GUGGUAGGAGAAUUUUACCGUAGACAUGGCUAAUUUGUUAAUGAAUCGCAAUUAUAUUUCGCAGAAUAACGUCGUAAUUUGUUUGUAACAUUAAUAUAUAAUUUACGUGUGAUUUUAAGUGUGAUGUUAUGAUUAUUUGAUAAAUGUAAAAAUGCAGAAUGUUGCAACCGCUGAAACCGAUAUUAAACUAGAAUCCGAAAUUAAUAAUGGUUCUAAAGUAGGCAAUUCGUCGACACCCAGUUCACCGAGGAGCCCACCUUGUUCUCCACCGUGUACUCCUCCAGAUACACCACCAGAUAGAUUAUCCGAUUCAUUUCAAUAUUUGACCGAUUCCUCGGGAAGCGGAGACGAAGAUAUUUCCGAAGUCGAUUCCUUUAUUAUUGAUGCCGAUGAAUUACCGGAGGAGACGAGGGCGCGUUUAAGUUCGAAAUUACUCCUGUCAGACGACGGCGGGGAGAAAACUGUCGAUCCUGAAACUCAAGCUAGAUUGCAGUCCUUACUCAAAGCAGCAGGUAUUAAUAAAUUAACAGCCGGUGAUGGUAAACAAUUAGCAGAUCCAGAAGUGUUGCGGCGUCUAACCUCCAGCGUAUCUUGUGCACUGGACGAAGCAGCGGCAGCAUUGACAAGGAUGAGAAGCGAUAGCAGACAAGCCAAUAAAAGGGCUUUAAUCAAAGCAUGUACCCAAGGAAAUGUAACUGCCGUAAGGAAGCUGCUGAAACAAGGCAUCUCUGUCAAUGAAACUUCCGAAGAAGGCGAAAGUUUACUAUCGUUGGCUUGCUCAGCAGGAUAUUACGAAUUAGCGCAGGUAUUAUUAGCCAUGCAUGCCAGUGUCGAAGACAGAGGCUCGAAAGGAGACUGUACCCCUUUGAUGGAAGCUGCCUCGGCCGGAUAUGUAGAUAUUGUUAGAUUACUAUUGGCUCACGGUGCGGAUGUAAACGCGCAGUCAGCUACUGGUAAUACACCACUCAUGUACGCCUGUGCCGGCGGACACGUUCAAACCGUUCGUGUUCUUCUGGAUGCAGAUGCGAAUGUCGAAGAUCAUAAUGAAAAUGGUCAUACACCUUUGAUGGAAGCUGCCAGUGCCGGCCAUGUCGAAGUUGCCAAGAUGCUACUCGAACAAGGUGCCGGCAUCAAUACCCAUUCUAAUGAAUUUAAAGAAUCCGCCCUCACGUUAGCGUGUUAUAAAGGUCAUUUAGAAAUGGUUAAUUUUCUGUUACAAGCUGGAGCGGACCAGGAGCAUAAAACCGACGAGAUGCAUACUGCAUUAAUGGAGGCGUCUAUGGAUGGUCAUGUUGAAGUAGCAAAACUGCUGCUGGAUUCCGGUGCCCAAGUCAAUAUGCCUACGGAUAGUUUCGAAUCACCUUUAACAUUAGCCGCAUGCGGAGGUCAUGUAGAUUUAGCCAUCCUAUUAAUAGAACGCGGAGCAAAUAUCGAAGAAGUCAACGACGAAGGGUAUACGCCUUUGAUGGAAGCAGCCCGAGAAGGACACGAGGAUAUGGUGGCGGUUUUACUACAAAGAGGUGCUCGUAUCAACGCUCAAACCGAAGAAACGCAAGAGACAGCUCUAACGUUAGCGUGUUGCGGCGGUUUCAUCGAAGUAGCCGAUUACCUAAUCAAACAAGGCGCCGAUUUAGAGCUGGGCGCUUCGACACCGCUAAUGGAAGCCGCGCAAGAAGGCCACCUGGAGCUUGUGAGGUAUCUAUUAGAGGCCGGAGCCAAUGUUCAUGCGCAUACGCAGACAGCCGACACUGCCCUUACGUACGCCUGCGAAAAUGGCCAUACCGACGUAGCUGACCUAUUAUUGCAAUACGGCGCACAUCUCGAACACGAAUCCGAAGGAGGACGGACACCGUUAAUGAAAGCGUGCAGAGCCGGACAUCUAUGCACAGUGCAGUUCCUAGUGUCGAAAAAAGCCGACAUCAAUCGUCGUACCACCAAUAACGACCAUACCCCGUUAUCUUUAGCCUGUGCAGGAGGUCAUUUCGCUAUCGUGCAGUUUUUACUCGAUGCUGGAGCUGACAUGUUCCAUAAAUUAAAGGAUAAUUCCACGAUGCUCAUCGAGGCGGCCAAGGGUGGUCAUACGAACGUCGUUCAGUUAUUGUUAGAUUACCCGAAUCUGUGCGCGAACAUGGAAAAUAAUAUGGUCGUCGCGACAUCAUCAGCUGUUGGCAGCACUUCGACAACGGCCACCGCUACCCAGACAUGUACCGUUCCAACUUCUGUCUCAUCUGAUGCGCAGAAAAGUACCGCCGUUGCUGCUGCCCGCAAUAAUAUGGUUGUUUCGGGAUCUGCGAAUAAUUCGAUCACCUGUGUUAAUAACAAUAACGGUAACCAAAAAGUUACCACCAACGGUGUAAAACAGAUCGCCACCGCUGUGUCGAAAACGGUGGUCAGAAAGUCUUCUCGUGAUCCGCGUCUGGUUGAUCCUCGGAUAUCCGAUAAAUUUCCUAGUGUCGAAACGAAGAAGACAAUUUCUUCGCAAGAGAAUAAAAAGAUUGAUUAUUAUCGAGGGGAUAUGGCCAAAGGUGUGAAAAUGAUGGUGGAAGAAGCGCGUCUGAACCAGCAAACGCUCCAGCUGCAACAAAAACAACAACUGCAACAGCAACUCCAUCAACAGCAACAGCUACAGCAGCAAUUGCAACAACAGCAACAGAAACCGUCACCUUCGCCAUCGCCGUCGUCGCAGAAAGAUCUAUCUUCGCAGCAACAGCAACAACAACAACAACUACAACAGCAAGUUAAAUCACACCCCGAAAGUACAUGGCAGUUUGAUGAACAGUGUCAAGAUGAACUGCAUAGUCAAAGCAUCGUAGAAGAGUUACAGAGGGUAGAACAAGAGAUGAAAGGUAACGGAAUGGGGAACACGAUGGUGCCUGUUUCCGCAUCGAGUGAUGCUAAUAAAGAUCCGAGUAAUUGUCGAACUGUCAUUUGUUCUGUGGAGCCGCUGUUCUCGAAUAACACGGGUACGACUGGUAGCCAGGUUAUGCCGGUGAAUAGCGUCAAUGUGCCAGCCAAUAUGUCGAAUGGAGAUGCCUCGAAUUUACCCCCGCCACCGCCACUUAUUCCUAUUUCGGAAGUGUUACAGUCUACGGCGAUUAGCGAUCGACCGAAAGCCAAACCGACGAAAAAAGAAGGCAAAAUGCUGCGUAAGCAGAACAUUCACGCGCAACUGCAACAACACUUGUUACAAUUACAGCAUCAGCAAAUGCAGCAGCAGCAACAACAGCAACAACUUCAACAGCCACCUUCGCAACAGCAACAACAACAAAACACGCCACCGCAUCAGUUACAACCAUCACCGAUUUCGUCGCCUCCGCCGUCGUCGACCUCGUCGUCGUCGUCGGCUGCGGCAGCAGCGGCGGCCGCUGCAGCAGCCGCUGCGGCUGCAAAUAUCAGGCAGAUGAAUAACCACGAAGAACAGGUGAUGCAGUCAUCAGUAUAUCAAGCGGCUAUUCAACAACAACAAUCUCAAGCGCUUCAUUUGAAACAUUUAGCUCAAAUAAACGCCCAGUUGCAACAACAGGUGAUUAAGAACCAACAGCAGAUCGAAAUGCAUCAGCAACAGCAGCAACAACAACAGCAGUUGCUGCAGCAAUCGUCGCAACAACCUCAGCUCAUCGGGUCUGGUACCAUAACGGUGGCUACGAAUGCACCUAAUUUGGCGGAGAUCUUCAACCAUCAAGAGUUGCUGGCGCAGAUACAGCAGAUGGAUUCGAAUUUCGCCAAGAGUUUUCCCGAUUUCGCCGAAAAGGCCAUCGAGAAAGAGAUGAGGGCUAUGCAGCAGAUGAUGUCGUGCGAUAUGAUACAGGAGUCUUUGCAAAGGUGUCAUUUUUUAGCCUCCAUUUCGGAAGACGAAGUGCUGGAUAUUAGUAAGAUCAAAACCGCCGAAGCCGAGUUGCUCGAGAACAUGGAGGCGUUUUCGUUGGAGGAUGCCACGAACAGUACCAUUACGAUAGAAGAGAAAAGGCUGUGCGAUGCGCAUCAACAUGCCGGUGCGACGCUGCUCGAAGCUGCAAUGAAAAAUGGCGACAAGUCGCUGAUUGAGAAGCACAGCUUUAUUGCUGCUCAUGAUAACCAAACUUUACUACCGGAAUGUAAUCAAACCGGAUUAGCCAAUUUGACAUUCGAUCAACAAACGUGUAUUCAGUUAUUUUCAAUGUCGCAACAACCUGGAAACCAAACGCUGCAACAAGCCCAAUCCGCUACCCAACCACUGGCGGAAUUACCGUCCUCGCCUCAAACCAAAUCGCCAUCGUCAUCUGCCGCUGCGCAGCAGAUGGCGCAGCAAGCUACGGCUGCUGCCGUAGCGGCCCAACAGCUCCACCAACAACAGCUGCAACAGCAACAGCAACAGAUAUCAACGUCAUCGUCGUCUUCGUCGUCAUCAUCGUCAACGACGGCUACUACGACGACGCUGGGGCAAACGUUGCAUAGUCAACCAUCAGCGUCAACGACGGCGACUGCAACGACGACGACAACUAAACUGAAACCGAAUCAGAAACCGGUUGUGUUGGCGUCCACUCAGCAGCAAAUCCAACAGUUGAAACAACAACAAUUGCAGCAGCAACAGCAACAACAGAAACAGAAGCAGUUGCAAAUGCAGCAACAGAAACAACUGUUGCAGCAGCAGCAGAAACAGCAAAUGCAGCAAAUGCAACAGCAUCAUUUUCAACAACUGCAAAAACUUAACCCUCCUAAACAGCAGCAAGCUGCUCAACAGAGUUGUAAUGUGGAUUCGUUAUCGAUGAAUUCGCAAGCUCGACAGGAGCUUCAUCGGCAUCUGAACGAGAUGAAGGCGAUUGCUCAGAGUACCGCUGUUGCUGCGCAACAGACUCAUAAUCCAGUGACCAAAUGUGUAGCUGACUCGACGGUGAGCCAUACAGCGACGUCUACACAAACUACCGUUGCUACUACUAUCAAGAAAAAACUACCGUUCGAUGAUGCCGCCGGCGCUCUUACCAAGCUGGCAAUUGGCAAGAAAAUGCGGACGGUGAAUCCGCGAGUUCCUCCUAACGCUGGUGCCCAUGUUAAAGAUGAUGGAAAUGUUGCACGAGUACCUUCGACAAAUGUCGCUUACAACCAGAAUUUCUCGAUGGAUGUUGACUCGGAAACGGAAAGUAACCAUGAUACGGCGUUAACUUUGGCUUGUGCCGGAGGGCACGAAGAACUCGUCGAGUUGCUGUUGAGCCGAGGAGCCGAUAUAGAACAUCGAGAUAAAAAAGGAUUCACUCCGUUGAUAUUAGCUGCAACUGCUGGUCAUGAGAAAGUAGUGGAAUUGUUGAUAAAUCACAACGCCGAUAUCGAAGCCCAAUCUGAGCGAACAAAAGACACUCCUUUGUCGUUAGCGUGUUCCGGUGGCAGAUACGAGGUGGUCGAUCUAUUACUGGGACGUGGUGCGAAUAAGGAACAUCGAAACGUAUCUGAUUAUACUCCAUUAAGCCUGGCUGCUUCCGGAGGAUAUGUUAACAUUAUCAAAUUAUUGUUAUCUCACGGAGCUGAGAUCAAUUCAAGGACUGGAUCUAAGCUCGGUAUAUCACCGUUGAUGUUGGCUGCUAUGAAUGGUCAUACAGCCGCUGUGAAACUAUUACUGGAUAUGGGAAGUGAUAUCAAUGCCCAAAUAGAGACCAAUCGAAAUACCGCCCUUACCUUAGCGUGUUUUCAAGGCAGACACGAAGUCGUUUCGCUCCUUCUGGAAAGGAAAGCCAAUGUUGAACAUAGAGCCAAGACUGGCCUAACCCCAUUAAUGGAAGCAGCUAGCGGAGGCUACGUGGACGUUGGUAGAGUUCUGCUGGAAAAAGGUGCCGAUGUAAACGCCCCUCCUGUGCCAUCGUCUAGAGAUACCGCUCUAACGAUCGCAUCCGAUAAAGGACACGUUAAAUUUGUCGAAUUACUUAUAACCAAAGGAGCGCAAGUAGAAGUGAAAAAUAAAAAAGGAAAUUCACCUAUGUGGUUAGCUGCCAACGGAGGCCAUUUACAAGUCGUCGAACUCUUAUUUAAAGUCGGGGCUGAUAUCGAUUCGCAAGAUAAUCGAAAGGUUUCAUGUUUGAUGGCAGCGUUCAGAAAAGGUCACGUGAAAACCGUAUCGUGGAUGGUGAAUCGAGUCAAUCAGUUCCCUAGUGAUCAAGAAAUGACUAGAUAUAUUUCAACUAUCAACGAUAAAGAACUUUUAGAUAAAUGCCAAACUUGUAUGAAUACUAUACGUAUAGCGAAGGAUGAACAAGCCGAGAAAGCUAACGAAUUCGCCACCAUUUUACUCGAAGAAUUAGAUCUCGAGAAAACAAGAGAAGAAUUCAAAAAAAUGGCUGCUGCUCGCAGAAAGGAGCGUAAGAAGAAUAAAAAGUUGCAAAAGAUUUUCGAAAAACGUAAACAACUCGAAACCGAGAACAACGAAGAGUUCUCUGAUGAUCGUAAACAAGACGAAGACGACGUAGACCCCGAUGAGGAAUAUCAGCCGAGUUGUUCGGUGAAAGAGAAAAAGGACUCAACAACAAAACCAUCGGGACGAAAGUUGGACUCCAGUGUUGGUUCCCGAAGCGGUAUAAAAAACUUGGAAGUCGAAGAACCCGACAGUGGCAUCGAUGCGAAUAGCUUAGGUAGCUGUUCUAGCAACGAUAAUAAAAACAUCAGUGCGGAUCAUACGAUGGCGAAGAAAAGAAAAAUCGAGACGGUUGCAACGAAAGUACUUAAGGAUGAGAAGAAAAAGAAGAAAACGAAAGAAAAAAAGACAACUACGAAGGAGCCGGAGAAAGUAAAAGAUAGCAAAACCGUAGCUGCAACCAAGAAAGAGCCAAAGAAAGCCGAAGCAGCUUCGUCCAGCAAAUCGGCGAAUGCGAAAUCGGUGGCGGAAAAUGGUAAAAUAAAGAAAUCAGACGAUUCCAAAAAUGGCUCGGUAACUAGCGAAGAAUCAUCUGGCAAAAAGUCAUCGAAAAAAGAUGGAAAGCUUGUGUUCGAAUCAAGCAACGCCAAGAAUUCGGCGAUAUCGACCGUUGAUAAGGAGGACAGUGAUAAUUUGAUGACGGAACUACAAACUACAACUAAAAAGAAAAAACAGAACAACGUGUUUAAUCACGAAGAUAGCACCAUUAUCGUUGCAUCCGGUGCAUUUUCAUCGAAUGGUAAUAAUACCAGCAGUUCCAAAAGUAAUGCUACAAAUUCCGCUAAUACGAAGAAUUUUACGACAAACAAUUCCAAGCAAAGUGCAAGAAGAGCUACGGGAAAUAACAACGAAGAUGAGUGGAAAGAGGUGGUUAGGAAAUGCCUGAGUCCAACGUACAGAACAAAGAAAGUAUCCGUUCCAUUGUCAGCGAUUAGUCGCGUUAUUGGCCGAGCUGGUUGUAAUAUUAAUGCAAUCAGAACGACAACCGGCGCUCAUAUAGAAAUUGAAAAGCAGGGAAAAAGUCAGGGCGAUCGUAUAAUUUUCAUCAAAGGGUCGAAUGAAGCGACGAAGCAGGCUCACACUUUGAUAAGUGCUCUUAUCGACGAUCCUGAAGUUGAUAUUUCGCAAAUAUUACCAAAAUCAGCCAAAACUAGUACCAAAGGCAAAAGCGUCAGUACUUCGACAACGACAGCGAUAACCAAGAGUACAACGAGUGCUCAACAUGUUGCCACUUCGGUCAGCGCAACUCCUGCCUUUACCAAGACUGUUGCUGCCGCUACCAGUACGACGACUGGUAUGCUCGUUACGACGGCAAAUGCUAUUCGCACGAAUACGACGAACGUUUCUCGGCCAUCGACCAAAAUCUCCACUUCUACGUAUUCCUCUUACGAUAGAAAACCAUCGGCUGGUUCCCAAGCGAUGACCACGACAUCGGUGACAUCGUCUAGCGCGAGCUCUUCGGCACCGGUGAGCAAUACAAAGACAACGAUGUCUUAUACGAGUGCAAUAAUGACUAGUAACAAGGCGCCACCUAAAUCGGCUGUCUCCACCUCGCCUAUCUCAACGACGACCGUUGUAUCGCAAACGUUCGCCGCCAAAGUGAGCAACGACGCGACAUCAGCGAUCGCCUCAACGACGACGCCGAUUCGCGAAAAAGAGACGAUUAUCAAACCACCGAUAGCUCCUCCGCCUCCGACAUCGACAUCGAUAUUCAUCCGGCCACCGCCUAUCGCAUCGGCACCGCCGUCCAUCUCGGCUACGCCCAAUAAACCACCGUUUUCGAUGCAGAAUCAGUCGCAGUCUUCCUCAAUGACGCCGGCCGCCAUUAACCCGGCCACGAUACCUCCGUUACCGGCGCAGAUAUCGCAACAGUUGUCUCAUCCGCCGCCUCCGUUGCCUAGUUCAGUAUCGCCGGUCAGUCUGGCGGGCAAAUUAUCCGAAUUACAGAUUGGUACGAUUUCGAAUGAUGAACCAUCUCCGGUUAGCGCAGCUUCCGAGUACUCGCUGUUCAACGAUACGUUCUCGAAGGUUACGCAGCAGUCGAUGUGGGGUCGAGAUGACGAUGGUAGCGGUCAGAAAGGUGGCAUGAAUUUCGCCAGCGUUGUUACGGCGUCUGGAUCGACUAGUUCGACCGGUGCCAGUUCUAGUUCGCAUACCAAAUUCUUAGAUGCCGAACCUCCUAUUCAGGUGGACGCAUCCAAAGCUCCCGGUUAUCGCGGUACGUCGAUGUGUUCGCCAAAUUUACAAAAACCACCGCCACCGAUACGUUCAACACCGUCGAACGUAACUUCGCUAUCCUUAUCACCGUCCGGCGGCUCGUCGCUGGCCUAUGUCAGCUGCUCGACCAACAGCACCUCGAUGUCCGACCAAAUGGUAGCUCCUAUCACAGCCCCGAUCGCUCGUCCGACCUCAGUACCAUCUUCAGUGGACGGAAGCGGCGUCGGUAGCUCGCAUUCGUCGUCAUUCACUCCACGAGCAUUGUUCCGCGGCGGCAGCAGUAGCGCAGGUACCGGUGGUACUGGCGCCAGCAACAGUUCCGGUGGCGCGGACAAAACAGCCGCUUUAUUUUCACGCGAACAAGCAUUGAAAAUGGUCCAAGGCACGAGCAACGAUUCGGCAGCCAGCCUGUUAUCUCAAUACCACUCGUUGAGCUAUUCGCAACCCCAGGUUACCACGACAGUGAGCAUGUCUCGACUGAAUCCGCGCGCGCCCGAUUUCUCCACCACCAUCAAACCACCCACCGUCUCAAUACCUACCAAUCAACUGCCACCUACGCAUCAGCCUCCGCCGUUGUUCAACCAGCAAUCGUUGACGGCUAACUACAUCUCUUCGCAACAUCCGACCGCCGCUACGGUAAUGGCCAAUUCGAGCAUGAUGUCUUUCCCUAUUAACAAAUACGGCCAGCAGACUUCCCAACGCAACGACUCCACCGUUGCUCAAUGGUCGCUGAUCAACGCUGCCGCUGCGGCCGCCGCUCAGCAUACGAAUUACAACCAGAACGAUCUGAUGAAUUUUACCGCUACACCUACCACGCUCAACAGUCUGAUACAAGCGCAAAAUAACGACAUGUUGGCCGGUCUGGAGAACGGAGCUGCGGCUGCGUUGACUAGCAACGCUCUGAACAUGAGCCCUAACUCGAAUCCGAAUCUGGUCGCCGCUGCCGCAGCCGCAGCAGCCGGAUUGCGUAACGAAGAGCGUAAAAUACCACCUAAACCUAUCGGCACCGAACGAGCGUGGAGAACGGAACGCGAACGCUCGAUGCCACUAGAACAAGACCCGAAUAGCUGGAUUUUGGAUCAGAAAUUAUCGUGGAAUCCGCAAGUGUAUCGCAAUAGCGCUCCGCCGCAAGUUACCGCCGUACAAUCGAGUCCGGGGGUACCGGCGGCCGCUACUCCCUACUCUAGAUUAGCUCAAGUACCGGACGAUAUCCGUCCACAGGUGAUGGACGGUAAUGUUUAUCAAAACGACCAUUAUAACGGAAUGGUGCAAAAUACCGUAUUACCAACCACAUUGCCACCGUUAAUGCCUCACAUGAAUAUGGGUCAAGCUGCGGUCGCUGCUGCUGCAGCAGCCGCCGCCGCCGCUGUAUCCGGUCCUAUGAUGCAGUCUUAUAAUCACGACGUCGGGCAUCCCGAUUCUUUUAAAAUGGAAUCCGGCUGGGAUCCGAGUCGAUUAUGUAUAUCGGAUAUUUCUUUAAACACAGACAAACAGCCGCACCACGCGGCUCAACCCCCGAAUUGGACGUUAUCUUGGAAUCACUAAAUCGAAGGAAAAAUUCGAGUAAUCGAAUUACGAAAAUUAUGAAUUAUAAUGGAGAAAAAAAAUCGAAUUAAGAAAACAUUUUUAAAUAUCGAAGAUACUAAAAACAUCGUAGAUUUGUCGUAGAAGAUUGGCUUCCAGGUUUAUGCAAGUUUACUACUUUUUACAAGUUUAAAUCAUAUAAUUUGUACGUUUACGAUUUCUCUGUUUUUACGCUGAAUGUUUUUUCGCGUUUCCACAAAAUAUUACUAGUAUACUGUAUUCAUCUGCGCUUUAUAAAUGUAUAAAAAAAGUAUGUAUUCGCUUUUCGCACGUAAAAUUACGUGAAAACUGUAACGUUUCCCGUAAAUGUAACGUUAUUUCUUUUUAUUUUAUUUUAUUUUCAUUUCUUUUUGUUUUGCCCGUUUUAUUGAAUCUUUUUCUUUCUUUCUGUUCUCUCUCUCUAUUUCUCUUUUCUCUAAACCAACAUCUUAAUUUUAAAAUGUCAUGG